ACGCCCUUGCUUCAAUCAGCAUCGCCCUUUUCUACUUCAUCCUCUGACGAGACACGGAUUUCAAACAUUUGGCGGUUGAUUGGAAUUUGUUUGGUGCUUGACUGUAGCCAGCUAACGUUAGGUUGUAUGUAAAUAACUUUGACAAACUCGGCAAGUGAGCUUACGCAUUAACAUGGAUUCAGCUAUGGCGAACCUUCUUGUUGGGGUUUCAGUCAACAUCCAAAGAAGCGAUGGGCGAGUGCAUCCUGCAAAUGUCAAAUCUGUGGAUUCCACAAAGCGUACUGUAAUGGUUGAAUGGUUUGAGAAAUCUGUAUGCAGGGGAAAAGAGUUUGAAAUGAAUGAAUUAUGGUCCCUGAAUGAAGAGCUUUUUGAGCACAUGAAACCAACUAGUAUACCUGCGCCUCCAGAGAAGAAAUUUGAACGCCGUCUUCGUUCAUCCGGGGUCCCUGCUCCUUCCAGUCCUUCUACUCCAGCGGGUCCUCCUGAGGAGACAGUUCCACUUCCAAGAAAGUCUACACGGCAGACAUGCUUGUUCCGGACCCUUGCUCCUGUCUCUGAGCUUGCUGCUAAGACUAAGCAUGACUCCCUGUCUUCAGAGUAUCCACCCUCUGUCCUCAAAGCUUCAGGUGUGCCCAACCGAGAGAGGAAAAGGAACAGUCAGAGACCGACUGCUGUCCUGCCCCCAGUCAACGAGGCCCUGAAGGAGAAUGAGGCCAAGAGUGUUUCCUCAGUCACCUCAAGCAGACGGAGAUCAGUGCUACCCCAAGACAUGAGCAAACCAGUGAACAAAAGAUUGUCCCAUGCAGUCAAGAGCUUGGACAUGGUGCCCAAGAAAGGAAAAUUUGAAGACACAAACCGACCGAACAAGCAGUUUUACCAGAUGAUUGAAGAGUUCAGAGAGACCUUGGAAGUACUUCCUUUAUCUCUGUCUGAUUUGGUUGAAGCUCAUAGAAUUUGUGUGUGUGUUCGCAAGCGUCCUCUCAACAAUAAAGAGGUGACUAAGAACGAUAUUGAUGUGGUUUCUAUCCCUGGUAAUGGAACGCUGCUCCUUCAUGAGCCCAAGCAGAAAGUGGACCUGACAAAGUACCUUGACAACCAGGUCUUCCAUUUUGACUACUCCUUUGACGAGUCAUCCACCAAUGACUUAGUGUACAGGUUCACUGCCAAGCCUCUUGUCCAGACCAUCUUCGACGGUGGGAUGGCAACUUGUUUUGCUUACGGACAAACUGGAAGUGGUAAAACUCAUACAAUGGGAGGAGAUUUUUCAGGGAAAAGCCAGAACAGCGCGAAAGGGAUCUAUGCCAUGGCAGCUCAGGAUGUGUUCUCCCUCCUGAAGCAGAGGAGAUAUUCCAGUCUGGACCUGUGUCCCUACGUGACCUUCUUUGAGAUCUACAACAGCAAGGUAUUUGAUCUGCUGAACAAGAAGGCCAAGCUGAGAGUGCUAGAGGAUGAGAAACAACAGGUCCAGGUGGUCGGCCUGCAGGAGAUGUACAUUUCGUGUGCUGAAGACGUCAUCAAGAUGAUUGAGAUGGGCAGUGCAUGCAGGACGUCCGGCCAGACGUCAGCCAAUGCCAACUCGUCUCGCUCCCACGCUGUCCUGCAGGUGAUCCUGCGAAGGAGGAACCAGGUGCACGGGAAGUUCUCCCUGGUGGACCUGGCAGGGAACGAGAGGGGCAUUGACGUUCGCAGUAGCGACAGACAGACCCUCGUAGAGACGGCCGAGAUCAACCGCAGCCUGCUGGCUCUCAAGGAAUGCAUUCGCUCCUUGGGGAUGGACAGCCACCACAUCCCCUUCAGGAUGAGCAAGCUGACACAGGUACUCCGAGACUCCUUCAUCGGCGAGAACUCCAGGACAUGCAUGAUUGCAAUGGUGUCUCCUGGAAUGUCCUCAUGCGAUUCCACUGUGAACACACUACGCUAUGCAGACAGAGUGAAGGAACUGAAUGGGACGUUAAAGAUGAAUGAUGCGGAUCUUCCCAAGAAGAUUGAUGAGAUGGAAGUGGAGGACAGCUCCUCAUCAGAAGAGGACUCCAUUGUACCCAUGACCGACGUGUAUGAAGCCAUAUCCCAGGUUUCUGAGCUGGAGGAGAGGGUGCACGAGGAGUUGACGGGAGCAAGUAACAUUAUCAAGCUAAUGGAGAUGCCAUCAUAUGACAUUGAGGCUGGGGCGACCGAUAUUGUGGACUACGCAAGAAAAUUACUGGACACAGUCCUGGCAUUGCAGUCUGCCAUUGAUGGAGAGCGACUGGCAAGGAUGUCGCCCAAAUCAGGUUAUUGCUGAGAGGGACAUCCCUCAACUUGUUCACUUGGGAAUAAUGUUCUAAUAAGUUUUAUCAUGCAGUAACUAUUCAUUGUUCAAUUGGGCAUAAAUUCCCUUCCACUAACUUUCAUUUAAUUGUACAUGAAAGAACCUUACCUCUAACUUGUAAAGCCUCUCACUACAUACCAUAGGUUUCUGUGAAAGUAUGUUAACAGUUCAUGUUUUAAAUGGAUUUGUAUUCAAACUGGAGAUUUGUCCAGCAUUUAUAUGAUUUGUGAAUAUAAUAAAGGUCUUUACCAAUAUGUUA